UGUCCUGAACCCGGGCUCAGAGACAGAGGACAGCCCGCGAGCUCUGCAUCACUGCAGCCGAUCCCGUUUGCCUCGCGCGUACUAAGUAGGAUGUAGUCCAUGAUCUGUGUGUGCCGGAGUACUAUCGGAACACACUAUUCAGUUCGGUAGAAUGCGGUUGGAUUAGGUCCAGUGUGCUGCUUUCUACUGUAGGUGGCGUAAUACUGAGACAUAGUGUUGAGUACGGAAGGAUGCGGUACUGGUACUGUUCGGUACAGCUGCAGUACAGGUGCGACAUCUGACCCAAGGAGGUUCAUCCACGACCAGACAUAUCUGAUAAGAGAUGAUUGGAUUAACACAGUGUUGCUUUCUGGAGACCAAGCAGUAACACCUCACAAACUUGUACAUUUUCUUCAGGACACAAUCUGGACCUUUGGAAUCAAGAGCUCAUUGAUAUUGUGUGUGGAUAUAUCAGUAGCCCAUGCCUGAAAUGCUGGACAUGGUUGUUUCAUAACCUCAGACCUUGAACUGGCAAACAAGGAGCGUUUAACUGGCUUGUGGGCCACCGGAAGCUUCUUUCAAGGAUCAUUGUAGGAUCCCACUGGGGUGGACUGAGACACGGUCUCAUUCUUUUGUGCUUUUGACUCUCUCUGGACAUUUCUCACAUGGACCCACCCAUGGCAGUGAGACAGUGCUCUGUGAUUUUCCACUAACCCCGUCGUUGGUAGUGUGGUUCGGUGGGAACGGGGUGGAGGGAGGAUGCAGGCCGGACUGCGGGUGCUGUGCGCCGGUGGAGGCGCUUCUCUCUGCUGCCUGCUCCUGCUGGGGCUCAUUUACACACAUCUCCUCAAAGAAGGUCAGUUGGCGGUGGGCACGUGUGAGAUUGUGAUGUUAAACAGAGACAGCAGUCAACCCAAGCGCACCAUCGCCAGACAGACGGCCCGCUGUGCCUGUCGGAGAGGCCAGAUCGCAGGCACCACACGGGCACGACCAGCAUGCGUGGACGCGCGGAUAGUGAAGAGCAGGCAGUGGUGUGAGAUGACCCCGUGUUCAGAGGGAGAAAUCUGUGGCCUGCUGUUCAAUCACUCUGGCUGGACCUGCACCAAGGGAGGAGGACGAAUAAAAACCGUCACGCCACUGCCAAAGGAGCCAUCUUAAAGGAUCUCAACUGGGAGGAGGUCUAUAGACAUUCACGUGAACAUUGAGGACCAGACGACAUCCAUCAGACCAGCACAUCUUAUCUUAACCAUCCUCCCAGCCCAUCCCCGGAGCUCAUACAAGACCCACCACCACCGAGCCACCACCGAGCCACCAGUCUCCUCCACCACCACAUCCUUACCGGAGCCUGACUUUUUGGAUACGACCAGUCAAACACCUCCAGCGGGACAUUUUAGUGUCCUUCUUAUCGGUUUAUAAUGAGAUCAUUGGCAAAAGAACUGCAAGACGUAUAAAUCAGUUUUAAGGCCAGAAAGAAGCACACAUCGCUUCAAGCCUCUAAAGAUGCAGAACAAGCUGCUGACAUGGAGUGUAGGAGUAUAACAUAAUCCUGUUUGAUUUGCUUCAACAUCCAAAAAAAUAAAUAAAAAAAUGAAGAAUCACUCAGACUCUUGCUCCAGCCCAGAGACGAUCACGUCUUAAAGACACAAAGCGUUUUUUUUGGGUUUUUUUUCGUUUUAAACACCAUGUGUAUCUCAUAACGUUAACGUUGACAAGACAGUCUGCAGAUUGAAACGGACAAUCUUAUCAUAUAAUCAAGCAGCUGAUGGGACUCAUUGCUUCACCAUGUUAGACUUCUUGACCUGAUUCUCCUGUUAAUGAAAAUGGGAAGUCUUUGAUAGUAUCGACCUUACUGUCUGCUAUUUUCAAGUGUAAAAAAAAAAAAAAACAA